UUGUCACUCGCUUCUCUCGCUCUUUCUCUGUCUUUCGACUCUUAUAUUUUCCCCUUUGGAUUGGUUCGUCCAUUUGAUCGCCGGAACUUCACCGCCGUUAUACGAGCUGCCCGCAUUCCGGCGAUCUGCCUUUUCUGACGACUCUUUUCGAAUUUUCGAUCAAUUAAUGGUGACAAGAAUCCAACCAUUUCUCGAGAAACAAACAGAAGAAUCUAAUGGAAAUCCCCAUUUUUGAAUUUAGUUUCUUAGGGGCAAUUAUGUCAUGUAUUCCGAUCUAUUGAAACCUCAAAAUCACCGAUGUCGACUUCCUAAUCCCUAGCUCCAUCAGUCAACCUGAUCGUUGUUAUGUUUUUAUUUUUUGGGGGUCAAAAUGUUCAAGAAAAUUAUCAAAGGAAGCAAGAAGUAUUCCAAAUCGAAUUCAACGGUAACGGAUACUGGUUCCCGUCCACCAGGUUCCGGUAAUCUCGUGUCGGGUCCAAUCACAAAUGUUGUCGUCAACCAUGCUUCCAGACCCGGCCAGGGAGCACCAACCACGAAUUCCAGCAGCCCUGUGGUCCAACUCCCACCCCCAAUGACCACCAUCGAACCCUUGCCGUUAUUACGAGACACCCCCGUUUCGGAAAGACAAACCCUAUUCUUGCGAAAGCUACAGAUUUGUUGCUUCCUAUUCGAUUUCAACGAUGUCUUAAAAUCGGCCCGAGAAAAAGAAUUCAAGCGGCAAACGUUGCUGGAACUUGUCGAUUUUAUUCAAUCUGGGUCUAGCAAAAUCACGGAGAUAUGCCAGGAAGAGAUGAUUAAAAUGAUUGGAGUCAACAUUUUUCGGUCCCUCCCUCCAGCGUCUCACGAAAAUACGGGGCAAGUAGCCUCGGAUCCUGAAGAAGAGGAACAUUAUUUGGAUCCCUCGUGGCCACAUUUACAGAUUGUAUACGAGCUUCUUUUGAGAUAUGUUGUGUGCACGGAUACGGAUACUAGGGUUGCAAAGAAAUUCAUUGGUCAUUCGUUCGUUUUGAAGUUGCUUGAUUUGUUUGAAUCGGAGGAUAUCAGGGAAAGAGAGCUUUUGAAAACGAUUCUUCAUAGGAUUUAUGGUAAAUUCAUGGUGCAUCGACCCUUCAUUAGGAAGGCUAUAAAUAAUAUUUUCUAUAGGUUUAUAUAUGAAACAGAGAGGCAUAGUGGGAUCGGGGAGCUUUUGGAGAUUCUAGGGAGUAUUAUUAAUGGUUUCGCUUUGCCUAUGAAAGAGGAACAUAAGUUGUUCCUUGUGAGAGGGUUGAUUCCUUUGCAUAAGCCGAAACCUAUUGUCAUGUAUCAUCAGCAGUUGUCAUAUUGUAUAACACAGUUUGUUGAGAAGGACUAUAAGCUGGCUGAUACGGUUAUCAGAGGGUUGUUGAAGUAUUGGCCUAUGACUAAUUGUCAGAAGGAAGUUCUCUUCCUCGGGGAACUUGAGGAAGUACUUGAAGCAACGCAGUCUGCAGAGUUCAAACGAUGUAUGGUUCCUCUUUUCAGACAGAUUGCACGUUGCCUCAAUAGCUUACAUUUCCAGGUUGCUGAGAGAGCUCUCUUCUUAUGGAAUAAUGAACACAUUGUGAGCUUAAUUUCCCUGAACCGGCAGGUGAUAUUACCAAUCAUAUUUGAGGCAUUGGAGAGGAAUACCCGAAGUCAUUGGAAUCAGGCAGUUCAUGGGUUGACCCUGAAUGUGCGGAAGAUGUUCAUGGAAAUGGAUGUUGAGUUGUUUGACGAGUGUCAGAGAGAGUUUGCAGAGAAAGAAGCCAGAGCACAAGAGGUGGAAGAGAAAAGACAAAUGACAUGGAAAAAACUGGCAGAUUUGACAGCGGAGAGAGGAUGACGUGACAUGGUAACAGUCUAAUAUUACUGUUGGUUUCUUCAGUGUGAGAAGUGAUUCGUUUCGUGACGAUGGCUCUGCUGAAUUUCUCCGUUUUGGUGGUAUUAUUUUCCUUUUGCCCCCAACUUUUCAUCUUUUUAAUUGUUAUUGUCAAUCUGAUCAAUGAAGAUACAUUUCAAAUGCAUGGAAUUUGUUAGUAUCACACUGAAGAUUAAGAAUGAUAUGUGAGGAACGACUUGUAUUUUUUUUGUCACCUUAUUUGUUCUUCCAACAAAAAGAAAAAGUAUCGGAUAUUUUUGUUUGUA